AUGUCUGUGGGUUUGACCUUGUUUCACGCCAUCCAGGGCGCCGGCAGCGUCUACGCUGGCUUGCUCUCCGCCACGGCCAUCUACAACCUCCAGCAACGCGAGGAACAAGCUGAACACGCAGCUCAGUAUUCCAAUACAGCCGAACAUCAACUCCAUAAGACGCGGACGACAGAAACUAGUGGGGCUCUAGCAGUAAUCUCCAGUGUCAUCUCCUCCGUGGCUCUCGCCGUCAUCUCUUCCUCUGAAGGCCAAAGUUCGAUUCCAUUCCUGCUAAGCACUGCCAAUGCCAUCGGGCUGGGACUUGCAGGCAGGCACCUCCGGAAUUUCUGGCGUGGCAAAGCCAAAGUCCCAUUUCUAACAGAUUAUAAUGAUGGUGUCUCCGCGUCGAACCAGUUGCUACAAACAUUGGGAGUGUUGGCAGUCAGUUGGAUUAUCUCGAGUGGGGUCCAUCUCUGGCUGCUGCUGGCCAAGUGA